UGUCUUCCUUCAUCCACCAUGGCACCUAUCUCAGUAAACAUUAAACACGCAGGAAAAACGCAUGCUGUCCAACUGGACACGGAUCUUCCUCCAGCAGUGUUCAAAGAAGCUGUGUACAACGCUACCGGCGUACCAGUCGAUCGAAUGAAAGUCAUGGUCAAGGGUGGAAUAUUGAAGGAUGAUUCAAACUGGGCCAAAAUCACGCCAAAACCUGGCCAAACAUUAAUGGUUAUCGGAACGGCGGGAGAACUUCCAAAAGCACCAGAGAAACCGAUCGUGUUCUUAGAAGACAUGGCAGACGAAGAUCUCGCUGGUCUGGAACGACCUGUUGGACUACUCAACUUAGGGAACACUUGUUAUAUGAACUCUACUGUUCAAGCGCUCCGCGCCAUUCCAGAGCUUCAGGUCGCAUUAGGAGUACCUUCACCCAACGCUUCAUCUUCUUCGUCUUCUACGAAUCCAGAUCUUGGCGGCACCCUCCCAAGACCUCUUCGUGACCUUUACGCUAAUUUAUCCCGCACGUCAGACGCGGUAAACCCCGCGAGUUUUUUAAAUAUAUUGCGUCAAGUCAAUCCUCAAUUUGCCGAACGCGAUCGCAAUCGAAAGGGCUCAAUGGGCAUUGGAGGUGGAUAUGCUCAACAAGACGCGGAAGAAUGUUACUCCCAGGUCCUCAAUUCCGUCCGCGAUGUUGAGGUCCCCGACAUCCUUAUUCGCCCAGGUGCCGUUAACGGUGGUCAGCGGAAAAGGUUCGUUGAGCAGUAUAUGAUGGGCGAAAUGCGAAGGGAGUUAUCCUCUCCAGAAGCGCCAGACGAGCCACCGACCGUUAGCAAUGAAAAAAUUAUGAAGAUUGAAUGUAAUAUCAACUCUCAGACGAACUACAUGCACAGUGGAAUAAUGUCUGCCCUCACCUCCGUCAUCUCGAAAACAUCUCCGACCCUUGGUCGCGAAGCUCAAUACACCCAGAACUCGCGCAUCACGCGUCUCCCAAGCUAUCUUAAUGUCCAUAUGGUGCGGUUUGCCUGGAAGGCUGACGUGCAAAAAAAAGCCAAAAUCAUGCGUAAAGUGAAAUUCCCCACGACAUAUGAUGCGGUGGAACUUGCGAGUCCUGAACUAAAGGAAAAGCUUCUGCCUGCCUCCAGGCGACUACAAGAAAUCGAAAAAGAGAGAGCGGAGAGGAGGAAAGUGAGGAAGCGAACUAAAAUCGCUCUUGCUCCCAGCGGCCCGUCAACAGGCACGCAAAACUCCACCGCUGUUUCUGGUGAAGACAUUCCUAUGGCUGGCACUGAAUCUGCAACUCUGACGGGGGGUGCAUUAGAGGAUGAGGAAGUGUACAGAGCUCGCGAAAAGAAAGAAUUAGAAUCCCUCAUUCAUCCUGAUUUGAAAGCAGACGUGGGGUCGUCGACUACAGGGCUGUACGAGCUUGUUGCUAUAAUUACACACAAGGGUGCCGCCGCGGACUCAGGACAUUAUAUGGCUUUUGUGAAAAAAAGCGUCUUCCACGGGCCCCCUCCAACUUUGUAUACCGGUCCGGCUGCUGAUAAUGCAAACACAACUAAUCCAGAGAGUGCUCCGACAGGAACUGCAGAUCCAAACGCCAUGGACACUGACGAUACAUCUGCUGGCACAACAUCCGACAAGGGCAAGCAGCCAACUUCCGAUGCAUACGCCUACGAAGAUGACGAAGAUUGGUAUAAAUUCGAUGACGACAAAGUGUCGGUGUUUCCAAAGGAGAAGCUUAGUACGCUGGAUGGUGGUGGGGAAGAUUCAAGUGCGUAUGUGCUGUUGUACAGGAGUAAGGACUUGUAGAUGGAGAGAGAAUAUGCUGCAUAUGUUAUACACAUAGGGAAUAGCUUAUAUUACAGGGUGAUUGAACCAGUGGUCUGUAUAGAGAAU